UUAAAAUUUAUGAGAACAUGACAUUUGGGCUGAUAUAUUUCUUAGUGAUCCUGUUGCCUUUAUUUUACCUAACACCUCCUAUGUACCAAAUGUGAGACACCUUUUCACAUGAGAGACAACUAGAAAGGCCAGACUAUGACAACUCUGAAUGGUUUGAUUUCUUACCUGUUCUUUUCAUAAGCCCUUUGUUCCCGAUCCUAAAGUAUUCAGGCAGGAAAUAUGCAGGUCCAGUUUUUAGGUCAAAGCUUAUGGAGAAAUAUGAUGGAGAAGCACUUGAACUCAAGGUUUACAGGUCUACAAGAAAUUUGUUCAAGCUGUUUUAAGAAUAGUGGGUUUAUUAUUAUUCAUUACCUCACUUGGAUUCCACGUGCUAAGUGAUACCAAAUUUCAUUCUUUCAUGAUGUUUGGAAAAGGAGACAUACUAUAUUUUAAGUCAGAUUGGCCAUUUAACAAGGUGCCAAACUUAUAUAAGAUGUAUUACAUGAUUGGAAUGAGCUAUCAUCUAGAAGACACUAUCUCUCAUUUCUUCCAUCCGAUUCAAAACGACUUCUUUGAAAUGCUAUUGCACCAUUACAUUACUAUCAUGCUAGUAGUUGGAUCUCAUAUGACUUCUUUCUGGAACUUUGGAAUUGUCGUGAUGAUUCAGAUGGAUAUCUGAGACAUCUCAGUUUCUUGCAUAAAGGCAUUCAUAGAUUUCUGCUCCCCAACAGUUGUGUUCAUCAACUACCUUGUCAUGCUGUCUAGCUGGACAUAUUUUAGAAUCAUUGUGUUUUCUAUUGAGCGAAUAGAAGCAGUUACACUAAGAUCAGGAUACUCAAUAAGCUCAGGUGAAAAUCUUCUAGCUCCCUUUGUAAUUCUUCUGAUCGGUGUUUUGAUGCUUAAUAUUUACUAGGAUAUUAUCUUCCUCAGAAUGGGCUACAGAUUCAUCAUUAAGGGAGAAGCUAAGGAUAUCCAAAAUUCUGUAGAAGAUGCCAAAAAUAAGAAGGAAACCUAGAAGGCAUUCUUGUUAUCAAUAUUUGACAAGAUAAUCGGGUACUAAGAAAUUUAGGAUUUUACACAAUAAUGCAU